AUGUCGACCGAAGCCUCCACUUCACGGGGACGAGAUGUCGGUCCAGCAUACGACCGGGAUGCUAUCGUCGGAAGCAUCAAGCGAUGCUAUGAACUCAUUGCCAAGAUGGUCUCGACCGGACCUGAUCACAUCACAUACCCCCCGCAAGGAGGCUGGGGUGACAAUAUCAUCCCCCUCGAGAAGCUGCGACGCCUUGGCUUCAACGACGUGACGAUUAACCUGGUGCGGCAUCUUCCGUAUGUCACCAGUCACCGACCGAUGUUCCCGUCCACCCAGACCAUCAACUAUUUUAAGAAUGGUCUUAGUGGUUCCGACGAGAAAUAUCAACUCGAAGAUCCCAAUUCUGUUGGACUCUGGCCACUGCUAGAAGGAAGAAUCCCACAAGACAUACUCCCACUAUCCAAACCGCUGAGAGGAGACAGACUAGGAAUCUGGUGGUUACUCGAUACCAACACAGACGAUCUCACUGCUCAUGACACAUAUACUUCAAGACCUGUGGAGGAGAUCCCAGAAGACGAGCAAUGGCGCGCGGCGAGACCCGUGCACGCCGUUACGUAUUUCGAUGGCUAA